AUGGCUCAAGAAAGAAAUGUGAAUGAAGGACUAAGUAGAGGAAGAGAAAUGACUCAACAUAGUCAAACUAGUUCUAAAACAAACUCCAGUGGAGGAGGCCUAGGAAGAGGGAAGAGACCAGUAGAACAUGAGGAAACCAGUGGAGGACAAACAAGACCAUUUAAAAGGCCAAGAAUGGUAGGUGUUGGCAUAUAUCAAGCUGAAGAUGGAUUUACAACUCUCAAUCCUGGGUUGCCAAGUAGAAGAGUCAUCAAUACUGGUACAAGAGUUACAAAGAGGGCUGAUGUUGUCACUGGUGAUAUUGGCUACACACCAGUAUGUGGAUUCAAAUGGAAGGGGAAGAUAUCUAUUACCAGUAGCAACCUGGAAAGAAUGAGGGCUGAAGAGAUUAUCCAAACUAGGUCUUUAGCUGCUGCUAAUAGCCAAGGCCAAACAACUUCAAGUAGGAAGACUUAUGUGCCAUGGAAGUAA